CCAAAAGUAAUCAAAUGACACGUGCUUGAAAUACACAUUUUACUAUCCAUCGGUGGCGGCCUGAAACAACAACAACAACAAAAGCAUAAGCCAAACUUGGGAUUACCACGGCAUUGUUUAUACAAGAAAGCGGCAUGUCCUUUCAGCGCAGCUACAGCAAAGUCUGGUGGGGAUCGGAGCAGUCCUCCCUGACCAGCGGCGGUUUCUAUUCGAGCUUCAGCAGUGGGAGCAGCACAGCCAGCACAUCCCACAACUACCCACAAAGACAGCCCGCAUCCCUCGGCCCCCUGGGCAAUCUGUCCUGCAUCCAGGAGGUGGAGGACGAGCAGAACAGCUCCAAGCUAUCCUGGCACAAGCACGACAGUCCCGGCAGUUUGCGCAGUCAGGACUCGGGCUUCUCGGACAAUGAGGAAUCGCAUCAGUUGCAGCAUCAGCAGCACCCAUCCCCGCCAUCGUCCCAAUCCGAUAAGCAGCAAACGCUCACGGCCACGCCCACGUCCGUACAUUCGGUGGCCACGCCCCCAACGGUGGUGCGCCGCGUGGGCAACUCGUCGUUCUACUCACCGCUGAUCAGCGUCACGCGUCGCAUUUCCUUCACCAGCGGCCAGAUUACGCCCAAGGCGAGGUCGGGGGAUGAGGAUGCCGUGGAAGCGGAGCUGGAGGCCAGUCGCAGUCGUCUGUUCGAGCAGCUGGACAGCAUGAAACUGGACGAUGGAGAGGCAGAGGCUGAGGCGGAGGAGGAUUCACCACCGCGUCCGGCCAUCAGACGCCGCAGGCGACUGAUGCGUAAGCCCGCCCAACCGGAACCGGAAGCGGCUUCGGCCAGCGAGGAGGAGGAUGUGGUCAUAGCACCACCACCACCGCCGUACAAUAAUGAAACAGUUUACUUGGGCGAGGCGCCACCGCCGUACAACAAUGAGACAGUGACCUUUGGAGCCAGCGAGCAGGAUGAAACCCUCCAGCAGCAGCAGCCUUCCCCCUUGAGAGUCAGAGCCUUGCGCUUCACAGCCAGCACCAGCACACCCAAAAGUGGCUCAAAGAUAGCGAAAAGGGGCAAGAAGCACCCACAGCCCGUGGCCAGCUGGAUGUCGGAGCAGCGUUGGGAGUGCGAACCGGAGGUGAUGUGCACCCUGCAGCACAAAUCGAUUGCCCAGGAGGCGUACAAGAACUACACCAUCACCACCAGCGCAGUGUGCAAGUUGGUCAGGCAACUGCAGCAGCAGGCUCUGUCGCUCCAAGGCCACUUCGAGCGGAGUGAGCGGGUGCUCAGCGGACUGCAGGCCAGUUCGCUGCCGGAAGCCCUGGCCGGUGCCACCCAGCUGCUGUCCCACCUGGACGACUUCACCGCCACGCUGGAGCGACGUGGUGUGUUCUUCAACGAUGCCAAGAUCGAAAGGAGACGCUAUGAGCAGCACUUGGAGCAAAUUCGUACGGUGAGCAAGGACACGAGGUACUCGCUGGAGCGGCAGCACUACAUCAAUCUCGAAUCCCUGCUGGAUGAUGUGCAGCUCCUGAAGAGGCACACUCUGAUCACCCUGCGCCUGAUCUUUGAGCGACUGGUUCGCAUCCUGGUGAUCAGCAUUGAGCAGAGUCAGUGUGAUCUCUUAUUGCGGGCCAACAUAAAUAUGGUGGCCACCUUGAUGAACAUUGACUACGAUGGCUUUGCGUCGCUAUCCGAUGCCUUCAUCCAAAACGAGGCAGUGCGCACCCUGCUCGUGGUGGUGCUGGAUCACAAGCAGAGCUCCGUGAGAGCCCUGGCACUCCGGGCUUUGGCCACCCUGUGUUGUGCCCCCCAGGCGAUCAAUCAGCUGGGCAGUUGUGGCGGCAUUGAGAUCGUGAGGGACAUCCUGCAGGUGGAGUCCGCCGGCGAGCGAGGAGCCAUCGAGCGCAGGGAGGCAGUUUCGCUGCUGGCCCAGAUUACCGCCGCUUGGCAUGGAUCGGAGCACAGGGUGCCGGGUCUGAGGGAUUGCUCGGAGAGUUUGGUCGCCGGAUUGGCCGCUCUCUUGCAGCCGGAGUGCUGCACCCAAACGCUGCUCCUCUGCGCCGCUGCGCUUAACAACUUGAGCCGCAUGGAGGCCACUUCCCACUACUCCAUCAUGUCCAACGAGGCCAUCUUCCGGCUGAUCGACACCCUGGAACACCAGACCUGCGGCACGAGCGUCUUUCUUUAUGAGCAGAUCGUUGGGAUGCUGCACAACAUGUCGCUGAACAAGAAGUGCCACAGCCACUUGGCCAACGGCGUCAUCAUAAAUUUCAUCACGUCCGUGUACCAAACGGAAUUCUACCAGACCUACGGCUCACGUGCGGAGAGCGAUGCCCAGCGCCGCACCAUCAAGACCAUUCUGCACACUCUCACCCGGCUGGCCAGCGAUUCGCCGACCCUCGGAGCGGAGCUACUGGAGCAGUGGCAUCUGCCGGAUCUGCUGCGUCAAUCCCUGGCCCUCAAGCCUGCCAAUCCGCAGCACCAGCAGCAGCAGCACCUGGACAGCAGCUACGGCGGAGACAUAUCCCAGUUGACGCGACAACUGCUUGGCGCCCAUGGACAGGAGCAGCAGCUGCUGCUGGCCACUCCAGCGCCUGGCGGAUCCUUCUCCAGUGGCCACCAGACGCCCGAGGCACAAACCAAGACCAAUUCCAGUGGCAUGUCCAGCUCCAGCAGCAAAACCAAGGCCAAAUCUUCGUCGUCGUCGGCGCUGCUCAAAUUCAAUUUAACACGUCAGGAGAGUUUCGUCUAGUUUUCACCACCUGAGGAGGAAUGGGCUGCUCCAAGAACUCCAAGUGGAGCUGCACAGAGAAAAAUGUAGAGCCAAGUUGAUAUGUUAAUAAUAGCUACUAUAUCUUAUUCAAGCAAACCCACUAAGAGUAGUACAAGCUUUGACUUUUUUCUGAUAAAACUGCAAAGCUUUGUGAUAAAAUGUUUACUGGUACGAAUCAGACGAAUCAAAAGUACCCAAUGUUGACCCACUGUUUUCUCUCUGUGUGGACACGUUCUCCGGCCGGACACAAGCCGGAAACUCAGACGUGCGUCAAGUGUUAUUACUUUGUCUAGAAUGUUGCGUGACCCGUUUGGACUCGCUCCCCAGUCGCUUAUCCCUGCCGUAUCCUUGCUGCUGGAUGUAAACGAAGUAAUUUUUAUAUUUCCACUCAGGCAAACAAAACACACGGAGAGGCGGAGGGGCGGAGAGGCGGAGCGAGAUGCCAAAUAAAUAGGAAUACAAUUUUUGUUUAGUUAUUCUUAUUUCUUCUGCUUUUUCUGUUGCCGAGACAACUUUUGGCAUUCUUGUGUGCUUAUAACAAGAAUGCUCUUAAAGCACUGUUUCACUCGGCAGCCAGAUUUAUUUUAUCUUUCUGUUGAUGCAAAUGCAAGCUUGACAUUUUGCAUUCUUUUUGUAAAUAUUUUCGCAAAAAAUCCUUAACCUAAUACGCAUACCCACCCAUACGGCUGGCAACUUAAAAACCAAAAACUCGGAAAAUUCCUUAGCUGUAGAGAAGUCCUUUGUGCCAAAUAAAAUGAAAAAGAAAUUCGAAAUAUUUAUUUUGUCGGUACUUCAAGCAAUUAUAUUGCAUAACAUUGUAUUAUAUAUGUGUAUGAAUAUGUAUGGAUGUAUUUACGCUUUUCACCAAUGUUUGGAGCUAUUCAUAAGUUUAGCUUAAGAUUAUUAGAGCCACAUUGCUUACAAUGCAGUUACAAAUAUGUCGCUAAAAUAAAAUCAAGAUGUGUUUAAACAAUAA